AUGCAUGCUAUGCAGGGAGCCGGCUCCUCUGACAUGCAGGGGCCUAGUGCUUCCUUUAUGCAAAGCAAGAUCCCUAUAAAUACCCUCAAGCCUUCUUCUUAUCGACACCAACAAGCAGUUCUCUCUUGCACACACAUCAAUCGAUCACAAGUUCACCACACACACAGCCAGAGCUCCAUCCAUCACCUCGAGUCGUCAAGGGCCAUGGCACAAGGGCAAGCAGCACGGGCCACGAGGGAGGCCGUGCCCACGGUGUCCCGUGUGGCCAUCAUCGGCAGCGGGAUGAGCGGGCUCGCGGCCGCCAAACAGUUGGCGGCCUACGACCCCGUGGUGUUCGAGGCGACGCCGUCCGUGGGCGGGGUGUGGAAGCACUGCGUGUACCGCACCACGCGGCUCCAGACGCCACGCGCGAACUACGAGUUUUCCGACUACUCAUGGCGCAACCGAGACGACCCCGCGUUCCCGACCCACACCGAGGUCGUCGACUACCUCGAGGACUACGCCGACGAGUUCGAUCUCUGGCGCUACAUCUCGUUCGGGUCCAAGGUGGUGGACAUCAAGUUCCUCGGCGGCGUCGAGGCCGGGUUCACCGAGCAGUGGAGCGGCACCAGCAAGGCUCCGCUCCGGGGCAAGCCCACGUGGGAGGUCGGCGUCGCCACCGGCGGCUCCGACACUGUUCAGUAUUACAAGUUCGAGUUCGUGGUGAUGUGCACGGGGAAGUACGGCGACGUGCCGCGGAUGCCGGUGUUCCCGCCGGGGAAGGGGCCGGAGGUGUUCAAGGGGACGGUGAUGCACUCGCUGGACUACUGCAAGCUGAGCGAGGAGGAGACCGUUGAGCUGAUGCGAGGCAAGAAGGUUGUGGCGGUUGGGUACAAGAAGAGCGCUAUCGAUCUAGCCAACGAAUGUGCUCAGGCAAACCAAGGCGAGGACGGGCAGGCGUGCACGAUGCUGGUGCGGACCCUGCAUUGGAUGGUGCCGUCAUACUCCAUCUGGGGCUUGCCAUUCUUCCUGUUUUACUCGACACGUUUCUCUCAGUUCUUCUACGAGCGGCCCAACCAGGGCUUCUUCAGAUCCCUCCUGUGCCGCCUCACGAGCCCACUGAGGGCAGGUGUGUCGAAGUUCAUCGAGUCGUACCUGUCGUGGAAGCUGCCGCUGGCCAAGUAUGGUCUAACGCCGGACCACCGCUUCGUCGAGGACUAUGCCAGCUGCCAACUGGCCUUCCUCCCGGAGGGCUUCUUCGACAUGGCGGACCGCGGCCUGCUGCGCUUCAAGAGGGCCCCCGACGGCUGGUGGCUCUCGGAGAACGGCGUCGUCCUCAAGGACGGCACGGAGGUGGAGGCCGACCUCGUCUUCCUCGCGACCGGCUUCGAGGGCACGGACAAGCUCCGCGAGGUCCUCCCCAAGCCCUUCCGCGGCGUCCUCGUCAACAAGUCCUCCAUGAUACCGCUCUACCACGGCACGAUCCACCCGCUGAUCCCGAACAUGGCGUUCGUGGGGUUCGUGGAGAGCGCGUCGAACCUGCGCACAUCCGAGCUGCGAUGCCGAUGGCUAGCGGGGCUGCUGGAGGGGCGGUUCGAGCUGCCGACGGUGAAGGCCAUGAUGGGGCACGUCGCCAGCGAGGCCGACGCCAUGCGUCGCACCACGCGGUUCUAUCGCCGCCACUGCAUCUCCACCUACAGCAUCCACGACAAGGACGGCAUGAGCGCCGACCUAAGCUCGGCCACGCUCCGCAAGGCCAACUGGAUCGCCGAGCUCUUGGCGCCAAACAACAAGCAGGACUACUAG